AAGGGGGAGCGGGGAAGUAGGAGAGGGGAAGGGGAGGGCUGCUCAGAGCGCACUCCACGCCUCAAGCCCGCACGAACAGCCAACUUCUCCGAAUGGCUCGCCAGGAACACUACAUCGCCGCGCUAGAGAAGGAUCUGCAAGAUCCGGCCACGUUGCCCACGAGUGCAAGUGUAGCUGCUGUGUGCAGCCGGAACUUGCCCUGUCUGGCGAUGGUCGUGAAUCUGACGGUGGGGCGAGCCACGAUCAAAUCGUUCUUCGAAAUUCCUCGCCCGACUGUUGUCCUCACGAUCUUGGCUGACGAUUUGGAAGAGAUGAUGUUGCGACAGUUCUGGGUCAACACGGAACUGGAAAACUACCAGCUGCACAUUUUCAAUGUUGAUGUCUUGAUAGGUGUGCUGUACAAGUACGACGACGAAAGUGGGCGUAGUAAUAUCUUUAUCGUGAAUAGCAUACUUGAGUAUGACGACAGGUUGUUAAUGUGGGUAAGAGCUUGAAGUUUUGUAGCGAGGGGUGAUGAAGGACGUUCCAACUUCGAGGGCAUUGUUGGAUCGUCAUUAAUUUCUUACGGCUUCUCAACAUAUUUCAGUUGGAGGUGUGAAAUCCAUUCACAUUUAUUAGAGGGUUGAAUCUUACAGUACGAUACAAAAAUCAAACAAAUGAAUUCUCUUCAGUCAAUAAAUGUUCAUUUUUAAUGCUUGCACAUCAUCCUUUUUGUCUUAAGUUACACGGCAGAGUUGUCUGAGAAUCUGGCAGAAUCUGAAAAUAGUUUGUGUCGAAUAUAAUAGAAUUAAUAAAAAAAACUAUACACACACAUACACACAGCGUUGAAAUGUUACGGUAUUUCUUUCUAAAGUAUACCACAGAGACUUUUCCCCCCAACUACUAAUAAUUUCACAAAUUCCUAAAUAAAAUGUUGCAAUGUGAAUUGACAUUUUUUGUCGUUUGCUGUUUUGCAAAAAUCGACGGAAAAGAGAAGUGGGGAAACUUCAAAAGAACACUAUCAUGUUAGCUGUGAAUGAAGAUAAAAAUUAGCAGUUUCAGGCCUUGCAAAUUUGUUUAUUUAAGGCGGUUAUAUUUAAUAGUUGCUUAAACUCUGCAUAAAUAUUUUCAGUGAAACUAAUCAAGCAAAAGACUGAGAGAAAGAAUUCAAUCAGACUAAAACUCCUCCACAGAUAAAAUGUACAUUUAACUUCAAGCUCGCUUUUCGUUAAGUUUAGUGGAGAUUGAUCUGUUAGUGUUAGAAUAGUGGCGUGUAUCACAAACUGUUAUAUCGGGCAUUAUCAGCUUGGACCCAAUAUUUUUCUGCAUGGUCGGAAAAGUUAAAGGCAGUGUAAUCGUUGAUUUUCGAAGCAAAAUUGCGACUAAAGGAAUGAUGAAUUUUUCUUUCAUUAUUUUUAAAAUGAUAUUGGUUUAACCAAACUUUUU